GGGUUGAUUGAAAACCGGAACUCGGUGCUGGAAACCCUUUUCUGCAUUAAUUUGUUCUCGUAAUGGUCGAGCGCCCUCUAACGACAGCUAAUUUCCGGAUACCGGUUGUACUUCCUAGACUCCAAUGAUACGAUCCAAACGGUUAUGCACAUUUAGGGACCCGACUGACUGAAUGAAUGUUCACAACGUGUGUUCGUAUUGUCUGCUGUGUUUUGGUUAUUUUCAGCAAUUUCGCCUGAAUAAAGUGCUGUGAGAGAGCAAUAACAAGACAAUGGCUGAACGACAGUCUUCAAAGCGCGACCAUCCAGAGAGGACUUCUGAAGCUGAGGCUAAACCCAGCUGCGGCCCUGCUGCAUCUUCAAGCAAACGAGUUCGGGUCCUGAGUGAAGGUAGGGAGCGUGGGAUGAAUGUUGUAGAUUCAACCACCAGCCAGGAAGCAAGCCACAGGAAUGAAGCUCUAGCCCCAAAUCUACCCGUAGGUUCUGGGGAGGUUGAAGUUGAAGAAACCAAUCCAAACCUACCCGUAGGUUCUGGGGAGGUUGAAGUUGACGAAACCAAUCCAAGCAGUACAAGUGGUAGAAGUCAUCUUUCUUCAAAUGAAAAUGAACCUUCAAGCUGUGUCAAUUUGGAUAACUCCGAAGCAACAUCUUCAAGCAUUCCUUCCCGAUCUGAAGUAAGUAAUAAUGAACACACUGUGUCACUGUCGAGGAACGCUUGUGACUCGCAGAUCGAGUCGACCUCUGAAGGGAAUGCUGUGGAUAACUCGCCCACCAAUCCUGUAGCUCUGCAAGAAACCCAGCCAACAGUCGAGGAAGAUUUGACUGGACUUUCCACAAGCCACAGCGAUCCGGGUCAAGGGGCAACUGUAGCAUCUGAUGUACAAUGCGUGGAGACGGUGAAGGAAGAGGAGACUGGUCUUAAUAAGCGUGCAUUGACGUUGAGCGCACCCUUAACUGGUCUGAAGGAGUCAGAUGUUGGUAUCGUGGAGUACAUCAGUAAACAUGACGGAUUCCAUGGCGUUAUCAAACAAAGGUUUCAGGAUUUUCUUGUCAACGAAGUGGACCUCGACAAUAAAAUAGUUCGUCUGACAGACAUGAAAAGUCCAGACCCUAAAACAAAAGUGCCAGUUAACAUUGAUGAUGUUUUGAAUCCUAAUGACCAACAGAGACUUAAUGAACUGAAUGCAUCUUCAGACAAGGCAGCUUGUCACUGUAUCGAGGUUCAACAACUUGAGAAAGACCAACGUAAGAAGAUUCACGAGGUCAUAAGACAGGACUUUGCGACCCUGGAGAGCAGCACACUGGACGGAGAAGGCAAGAAGGUCAUCAAGGUCACCAAAGUGUCACGAGGAGGUAGGAAGACACGAAGCAAUUGGGGCAAGGAUCGCCCGAAUUACUGUCGCUUUGUCAUGCAAAAGGAGAACAUCGAAGUCAACGAUGCAUUGACUCUUAUCAGCAAAUAUUUACAUGUGAGACGUCAGUCCUUUGGGUUUUCGGGGACCAAAGAUAAGCGAGGAGUGACAGUACAGGAGGUGACAGUGUACAGAGUUGAAGCUGAAAGACUGUGCAGACUGAACGCCAUUCUACGGGGCAUCCGAUUGGGAAACUUCAGAUAUGUGAAAGAUCAUUUGAGUCUUGGAGACCAUUCUGGAAACCAUUUUGUUAUUGUAUUACGAGAUGUAGACGGGACACAAGAGCAGAUUGAUCGUGCCAUGAUAUCCAUGAGAGAUGUAGGCUUCAUCAAUUACUUUGGUAUGCAACGCUUUGGAAACUCUCAAGUAGCCACUCAUCUAGUUGGCAGAGCCGUUCUUCAUAGCAACUGGGAAGAAGCAGUGGACUUGAUUCUCAAACCAAGAGAAGGAUACAGACAAGACAACAGAUGGAGACAGAAGUGGAUGGACACAAAGAACGCUAAGUCCGUCAUGGACAUCCUCCCUAAGCACAAGACAAUCUCCAUUGAGAUGCAGCUACUCAAGGGAUUGUACGAGACCAGGAAUAACUUCUUCCAGGCGUUGCAAUGUAUUCCAAGAAAUGUCCGACUACUGUACGUGCACAGUUACCAGAGCUACAUAUGGAAUACACUGAUAACAAAACGCAUCCAGAAGUACGGCUUGAACGUCAUACCAGGGGAUCUGAUCGUAACAGAGGAAGUCAAAGGGGAGGAGUCCGAAACCAAGGUGUUAUUUCUUGAUGCCAGCAACGUGGAUAGCUACACCAUACAAGACAUCGUGUUGCCAUUACCAGGUUACACCAUGGAGUAUCCUAAGAAUGAAAUCGGUGACUGGUACGGUAACUUACUGCACAAAGACGGCCUUGACAUUACGAAUAUGAGGCAUCGGGUCAGGGAUUAUUCGCUAACAGGGACCUAUAGGAAGAUAGUAGUCAAACCAGACGCUGUAUCAUGGUCCAUCAUACCAUACAAUGAUGUUGUGUAUCCAUUAGUGCUGAGUGAUCUGGAUAGACUUGAAGGGAAACAGCCACCACAAGUUGAGACAGACGGUCAGCUACGUGCACUGAGGUUAGAGUUCACCCUCUCCAGCUGUUGCUAUGCAACCAUGGCCAUCAGAGAGGUUCUCAAGAUUGACACUUCGGCCGCUCAUCAGUCAACUCUGAAUACAACCAUGGAUGGAGCAACCCUAGCAGAUGCAGAAUCUCUCCCCAAUGAUGAGGAAGAUGGCAACUGAGGUUACAACUCCUUGAAAUGAGACUACCACUCCCUGGUGGUGAACUUUGCAGCUUAGAGCAACCUCUUGAAAUGAAACUACCACUGCGUGAUGGUGAAGGUUACAGCUAAGAGCAACUUCUUGAAAUGAGACUAUACCACUUCGUGAUGGUGAACUUUGCAUCUAAGAGCAACUUCUCGAAAUGAGACUACCAGUGCGUGAUGGUGAAGGUUGCAGCUAAGUGCAACCUCUUGAAAUGAGACUACAACUGCCUUAUGGUGAAGGUUGCAGCUACUGUAAAAAAAACAAUUCUGGAAACACGGCUAUCACUGCCUGAUGGUGAAGUUUGCUGCUAAGAACAACUUCUCGAAACUAGACUACCAGAGUCUGUACCCAUUAUGUUGAAGAUUGCAACUGAGGACAAACGCUUGAAACUAGACUAUCUGAAUUUGCAUCCACUCAUAGUGAAGAUUGCAACUGAGAACAUCUUGUAAGUAGAUGGUAACCUACUUAAAAGCUCCCUCAACGUAUGACAGUGUAACAGGUCGCUGUAACCUCAAUACAUGAUCUUAUGAUAGACCUUCCCAUCGACUAAUAGGCUGUUUCAGAAUCAAGGGUCUUGAUCAUGGGGAUUGGUUGCAACAUCUGGCACUCCAGGCGUAACCACUGGCACAGCCAUUAAUCAGAUUCUUUAAAAAUAACAUAUAUGGGAAAUUAUUUUGCCUAUUAAAUUUAAAGUUGUACUACUUGAUGGUAUUUAAAGGCAGUGGACACUAUUAGUAAUUACUCGAAACAAUUAUUAGCAUAAAACCUUAUUUGGUGACGAGUA